AUGGUGAUAGGUCGUGCUUCAUCCGAUCGUAAAGCCCGUGCAUCCCAAGCACUGUGGGCAGCUUGUCAAGCCCUGGAAGCUGCGCUACGCGGCCCUACCGGCUGUGUUCCUCCUGUUGAUGAGAUCAUGAAGCCGUUGGAAGAUGAAGUCAGCCUCAUUCUGAAGGCUGGUGCACCGGACGACGAGAUGGUUGACGCUGUGGUAGCUUCAAUACCUCAAGAGGCACGUUUACGAGGUGUCUACCCAGAUUCAGUGCUGCGUAACAGGUUCCUGAAUGUUGAACGGGUCGCUAAGCGGGUAGCUCUGUUACCAGAUGGUGGUGCCUCUUUGCCCAUCAUGCUCCUAUCCUAUAUACAAUCUUUCUUCAUCAUCAAUCCUGCCAAUCCAAUUCCACCUCAUGAACUUGCUAACCAACCUGUCGAAGUGGGCAAGUUCAAUACUUUCGAAAUCCUACAACGAGCAAGGUAUUGGGUAGAUCGAGGCGAUUUCGCUCAAGCUCUACGCUAUAUGUUGCUGCUCGAAGGUGCUCCUCAUGUUGUUGCUAAGGAUUGGAUAAACGAGACAAGGAUAUUCCUGGAGACACAGCAAGCCGCAGUAGCUUUGAUGGCCCAUGCGUCUGCAGCAGGCCUCGCCUACUCGUAGUGCUCUUAAUACGCACACUUCCCGAGUAUCUCUCAGACUGGAUAUCUUCAGAAAUAUUUUACCGGGCAGCUUAUCCUCCUUCCCUGUCAUUACGUUACGAAUCAUCGGAAAUACAUUUAUGUACCAUUGACGAUAGACUCAGUUUAUUUAAAAAAAAAAAAAAAAGGUCUCUCUCAGGGGGGUGUUAAUGGAAUAUAUGUGUUAAUGUCAAUACUAUUAUUAUUACUAUGUAAAUAGUUUGGAAACUUACGGUGUAAAUUAAAUUGUGAAUUAUGUCCGGUAUUUAUUUCAUAGUCGUAUAUUAGUGGUGUAAUUUAAAAAAAAAUAUUACUGCCUUGUUGCAUUGUGAUUAUAGAUUGUAUAUUUUUAACACCUCAUUAUCAAUUUCUUUCAAAGAAAAGUUCCUGAAUAUCAAAAUCAAUCGAGGAAAUUUUAAUUUUCGAACUAAUUGACUUAAAAAAAAAUUCAAACAAUUAAGCACUCUUUUUCCCCCUGUCUCUCCCUAUUUGGAACUUAUUGAAUACUGUCAAAACUUAAAUAUUUAUUCUUCAACUUAAUUAGAAACUAAUGAAAUUAUUAAGUAUUUUCCAAACAGCUGUAAUUAUGUUGUCCUGUAAUUUUAAUUUUAUUUCUCAUUCGUAUGUAUAUCAAUUCACAAAGCUGUGUGAAUAGAUUUGUAUUUAAAAUUGUUUAUUUUAUUGUAGAAAGAAUAAAAGUUCUUGUUACAUACUGUUGAAUAUGGACACAAUUUUUCCCAGAAUUAUUGCAAUAUUAUGUUUCAAUUAAUAGAAAACAGGGAUAAUUUUAAGUAUAUACAAGCUUUAUUCAAGACUUCUUAGAAAGACCAAGCCUGCUGAUUGGGUAGUAAUUAGUGUAAUUUGAAUAUUGACCAUUAUUCUUUUUUUGUUCUGGACUUUGUCUGUUGAUUUAAAUGAUUGAUUAUACAUUAUAAAUAUAAAAUAUAAUCAAUU